GAUCCUGCUCGGCUCUGCUCGGCUCUCACGGGUAAUCGUGAGGAUGAUGUUGACAGCCAGGGGCGGCUGACGGGCAGCUUUUUUUUACGUGUCAGGACUGGAUGAAUUACAAUUGCACGGGGUCGUCGAGCACAGUUUUCCCCGCAAUCCUGCUGUUCGUGGAGGAAGACAACGACGUCGAUGAUGAUGGGAUUCCCGGUCGCUGCUAGAUGGAGAAACCGAGAGGGUGGACUUGUUUUUAAUUAUUAAAAAAAGAAAAAAGAAAAAAUCCCUCUGCUGCUGCUAAAAAACUAGGAGGAACAUGCAUCUGCACCAGGUGCUGACGGGGGCGGUGAACCCGGGAGACUGCUGCUACUCGGUGGGGAGCGUGAAUGACAUUCCCUUCACGGCCUAUGGCUCUGGAUGUGAUGUUGUGAUCUUGGCGAGUGACUUUGACUGUGUUCAAAUCAUCCCUGGAGCUCAGAAUGGGAACAUUCAGGUCGGCUGUGUGGAGUGCUCCCACCAGCUUGGCAGGAUUGCUGCUUCUUAUGGAAACACAGUCUGCAUCUUUGAACCUCUUUCCACCAACCCAAAUAAACUCCACAAGCAGCUUAACUAUCAGUGGCAAAAGACAGGACAGUUCUUCCUUGAUGCCAUCACCUACAACCUGGCCUGGGACCCACAAGGGAACCGUAUCCUAGCAGCAACUGAGCGCCUCCAGCUGUGGGCUCCUCCUCUGGCAGAUGCCCUCAUAGAGGAGGAGGACGGCCAUGUGACUGAGGAGAAGAACCACCCUGUCUUCAAUGACUGGACCUGUGUCUGGCAGUGCAAGACUGCAGCAUCUAUUCACAUUGCCAAGUGGUCUCCUGAUGGGGAAUACUUUGCAACAGUUGGGAAGGAUGACUGUCUACUCAAGGUUUGGUAUCCCACCACGGGAUGGCGCUCUGCAGUGGUGGUCCUGGACCUAUCGGAUAAAAAGCCUCCUCCAGUUCACUUCUCCUUUGUUUACUUGGCCCAUCCUCGCUCGGUCACCGGUAUGUCCUGGAGGAAGACCAGCAAGUACAUGCCCAAGGGUUCAGUGUGCAAUGUUUUGCUGACAUCCUGUGAGGACGGUGUGUGUAGGUUAUGGUCAGAAACCCUGUUACCAGAAGAUAGUCUGCUUGGUGGGCAGAUCACUGAGAACACGCACUCCUUCACUUCGAGCCUGCCAGGCCUGGCAGGCAAUAAGGACAAGAUCCAGCAUGCUUUAGAGUCCAUUCACCACCUAAAACAGCUGCGCCGGGGCCGCCGACGGUCCUCUGCUUUGGUGGCACACAGCGACAUCCUGCCUUCUCAGCUCGGCACGCAGGACUCACACACUCACCGCCACAUUGCUCAUCAUGCCAAUGCCCUGUGUCACUUCCAUAUUUCAGCCAGUAUUAACCCCAGCACAGAUAUCCCAGCAGUGCUAGCUGAUUCUGCAGUGUUCAACUCAGAAGAUGGCUCAGGUGGUGGAGGCUUCAUGGUUCACUGGCUCAACAAUAAGGACCUCAGCUUCACUUCCUCUAUGGACCUGUUCAUGCUCCAGCUCCGGAAGUUAUCUGAGCAGCAGCUGGAGCAGAGUGCUGACGACCCCCUGGACCCUGAGGGAUCCCCAAUGAAGUUUGACAUCGACCUGGAUGAAAUGUCUGACAAAGCAUCAUCAGAACAUGGAGAAGAGGCUGAUUCAGGGGAGCAAGGAAGCACAAAGGCAUCCUCCCCCGGAUCCAGCUCCAGCAUGCCUUUGCCUUCCAUGCUGCUGGAGAGGAAGAUGGAGACUCUAAUCACGGAGUGGAACAAGAGCCCGGACAUGCUGUUUACUAUACAUCCCACUGAUGGCUCUUUCCUGGUUUGGCAUGUUAAGUACUUGGAUGAAUUCAACCAGGGCAUCUUUAGACAGGUUCAGGUGUCCUUCUCCUCGCGCAUUCCAGUAGCAUUUCCUACAGGUGAUGCCAAUUCACUGAGUAAAAACAUCUUGAUGUACGCCUGCACUUUGACUGAGAGUGAGAGUGCGGCGACAGGCGAGCAGGGGAGAAUGAUUCAGCGUGUAUCGCGUUCAGCUUCCGUCUCAGCCUGCCUGGGUUCGCCUGCUGUGACCCCCUUACCCAAACUCCGCCCUGGCAUUAGUCCUGCUGUCAUGAUGGUCUCCAAGCAUGUAGAUGGAUCUCUCAAUCAGUGGGCAGUGACAUUUGCUGAGCGUUCUGCCUUCUCCAACGUACUGACAGUCUCCCACAAGUUUCGGUACUGCGGCCACCGUUUCCAUCUGAAUGACCAGGCCUGUCACACAGUGCUGCCGCUGCUGCUGACGACUUCUCACCAUAAUGCCCUGCUCACCCCUCCCUCAGCCCCCAGCAGCCUGGAAGGGGAACAGCCUCCAUCUUUCCCCCUUCCAAGGGGACUUCCCAGGAAGCAGCUUCGUAAUGCUGCUACGAGGACCUUCCAUGACCCCAACGCCAUAUAUAGUGAGCUGAUUUUGUGGAGAGUCGAUCACAUUGGACCCUUGUCCUGCACUGGAGGAGUCUCUGAACUGGCCCGUAUCAACUCUCUUCACACCUCUGCCUUCAGCAAUGUUGCUUGGCUGCCUACAUUGGUACCCAGCUCUGUACUUGGAACCUACUGUAACAGUGCCAGCGCCUGCUUUGUGGCAUCAGAUGGCAAAAACCUGCGUCUCUAUCAAGCUGUUGUGGAUGCCAGAAAACUACUGGAUGAGCUGUCGGAUCCUGAAACAUCUAAACUGGUGGGUGAGGUGUUCAACAUCGUCAGUCAACAGUCCACAGCCAGACCUGGAUGUAUCAUAGAGCUGGAUGUCAUCACAAACCAGUGUGGCUCCAACACCCAGCUGCUGCAUGUCUUCCAAGAGGAUUUUAUUCUAGGUUACAAACCUCAGAAGGAACCAGAAGCAUACACACCAGCCUUUCCAUCUGGAGAAGAUUACCAACCUGCCCCAUUUUCUGAGAAGUUCUUCCUGGUGGUGAUAGAAAAAGAUCUCAACAGAAACUCUGUCCUGCAGAUGUGGCAUUUACACCUCAAGUCUGUGCAGGCCUGUGUUGAUGAGCCAAGCCCAGAUUAUAGCUGCCAGAGCCAGCUAAUGGUUCCCAAUCAAGUUGUGAAUGCUGACUCAUCUCCAGAGACCUCUCCUGUCAGACCCCUGCCGCGCUCCGCUUCUACAGCCAACCUGCAAUCAGCCAGCAAACUCAUCCUCAGCUCCAAGCUGGUGUACAGUAAACGGCUCGACCUACCCCAUGGAGUGGAGGUUACCAGGGUUACACCGUCUGCAGGUCAUCUGAGUUCCUCCUCCAUCUAUCCCGUGUGCCUGGCUCCUUACCUUAUAGUCACCACCUGCUCUGACACUCGCGUGCGGUUCUGGCGCUGCGGCGUGGAGGGCGAUGACGGGUGUCACGAGGACGACCAGAACAACCGGGUGUACCGCUGGGAACCCUGGGCCCUCAUGAAUGAGGAGGAGGAUAACAACAGCGCAGUGUGUGUGUCAGGGCGGCCUGUAGCUGUGUCUUGUUCCUACAUCGGCAGAUUGGCUGUGGCCUUUAAACAGCCGCGACAUGGACAGCUGCAGGGGUCUGUAGAAGACUUCUCUAUGCAUGUGUCCAUCUAUGAAUGUGAGUCCACUGGUGGCUCAGAGUGGGUUUUAGAGCAAACUCUCCAUCUUGAUGACUUUGCAAGACCCUCAUCAACCCUGGAUGCAAGAGUCAGUGUGGAUUCCAACCUCUUUGUCUACAGCAGGUCUGACCUGUACAUGACCAGAGACCACAGCUCUCCCAAUAUUAAGCACUUUGUUCAUCUGGACUGGCUGUCAAAGGAGGAUGGAUCUCACAUCCUCACUGUUGGGGUUGGCUCCAACAUUCUUAUGUAUGGACGCAUAUCCGGCAUGGUCAAUGAGCAGACGAGCAGCAAGGAGGGGGUGGCUGUCAUCACCCUUCCUCUAGGGGGCAGUAUCAAACAGGGGAUCCGCUCUCGCUGGAUCCUGCUCAGGACCGUAGACCUUGUGUCAUCUGUGGACGGCACCCCUUCGCUUCCAGUCUCCCUAUCUUGGGUGAGGGACGGCAUCUUAGUAAUUGGUAUGGACUGUGAAAUGCACGUGUAUGCCCAGUGGCACCAGGACAAGAAGCCUGGUGAGGGGGAAGAGGGCAACAUGUCAUCUGCAGACAUUGCUGGAGGUCAAACCACAGCGUCCUCCUCAGUGUUUGAAGGGAGAGCCAGAUCGAAGAGUGUGUUUGAAGGAACUGCUGGAGUAGAUGAGGCCCUCCGUGCCCCGGCAGGGCUGCAGGAAGGGGGGCUGUUUGAGGCAGCUCACUCCCUGUCCCCAACUCUACCACAGUACCACCCAACCCAGCUGCUGGAACUGAUGGACCUGGGAAAGGUUCGCCGUGCCAAGGCAAUCCUCGCACACCUGGUGAAAUGUAUUGCAGGAGAAGUAGCUGUGGUGAGGGAUGUGGAGGCCGGCGAGGGCGGAGCUAGGAGGCAUCUUUCUCGGACAAUCAGCGUCACUGGCAGCACAGCAAAGGACACCAUAGUGGCUGGCCGUGACGGAGGCAGGGACUAUACAGAAAUCAACUCCAUCCCUCCCUUGCCGCUCUACUCUCUCAUGUUAGCUGAUUUGGACACGUCAUACAAAGGACCAGAGGAAGCUGCAAAGGGGAUGAAGAAGGCUGAUGGGGAUGCAGCUCAGAAGUCCACAGAUGACCAGUAUAAUGACCUUUUCCAGGUGCAAACAGUUACCACGGACGACUUUGUAAACUUCGCCACUGAUAAACCAGAGAGGAAAUCUCGAGUUAUCAACCUCUCUCAGUAUGGACCCACUUAUUUCGGACCAGAGCACGCUCAGGUGUUGUCCAGUCACCUCAUGCACUCCAGCCUUCCAGGACUGACCAGGCUAGAACAAAUGUUCUUGGUGGCCUUGGCGGAUACCGUUGCAACCACCAGUUGCGAGGUCACCAGCUCCACGGAUCAGCAGUACACAGGUGGUGAAGCUCUUGAUGAGUGUGGACUGAGGUACCUGCUUGCAAUGCGUCUUCAUACCUGCCUGCUCACUUCUCUGCCCCCGCUCUACCGUAUGCAGCUGCUCCACCAGGGCCUUUCAACAUGCCACUUUGCAUGGGCCUUCCACUCAGAGGCAGAAGAGGAGCAGCUGAACAUGAUCCCAGCCAUGCAAAGAGGCAAUCCACAGUGGUCUGAGCUCAGAGCUGUCGGCGUGGGAUGGUGGAUACGCAACAUCAACACUCUACGGAAAAUGGUGGAGAAGGUGGGUAAAGCUGCAUUCCAGAGGAACAAUGAACCGUUAGAUGCUGCUCUUUUCUUCCUGGCCAUGAAGAAGAAAGCUGUCCUAUGGGGACUCUUCAGGUCCCAGCACGAUGAGAAGAUGACUCAGUUCUUCAAGAACAACUUCAGUGAAGACCGCUGGCGAAAGGCAGCUCUGAAAAACGCCUUCUCCCUGCUGGGGAAGCAGCGCUUCGAGCAGUCCGCUGCCUUUUUCCUGUUAGCUGGUUCCCUCAAAGAUGCCAUAGAGGUGUUGCUGGAAAAGAUGGAGGAUCUCCAGCUAGCCAUGAUAGUAGCGCGGCUGUAUGAGGCUGACUUUGAGAACUCAUCCACCUGCCAAAGCCUCCUUCACGAAAAGGUUCUUGGCUGCAACAGAGACGGGAGUGGCUACCACUGUUCCAGGCUGCACCCAGACCCUUUCCUUCGCAGCAUAUCCUACUGGAUCAUGAAAGACUACACUCGGGCAUUGGACACACUGUUGGAGCGAAUCCCCAAAGAGGAUGAUGAGAAUCCUGAUGUGACGGUGAAAUCUUGCAACCCUGUGGUGUUUAGUUUCUAUAACUACUUGAGGACACAUCCUUUGAUCAUUCGUCGCCACUUUGCCAAUCCAGAGGGCACAGCAACAACUGCUGGGCUCACUGCUGAGAAGAGCAGCGCAGACGAGAUCAACCUUAUCGAGCGCAAAUUGUUCUUCACGACUGCAAACGCGCACUUCAAGGUGGGCUGCCCAGUUUUGGCUCUGGAAGUGCUCUCCAAGAUUCCCAAAGUUAGCAGGAAGUCUGGCUCCUCAGCUCUCAGCGAGGCUUCAUCACAUGCCAACGUAAAUGUGAGCAAGCCCUUGGAAAACGGCACGCAGGGAAGUGUGGACUGGUCACCCGCAGCUCCUACAUUAGCCUGGGGAGGUAAUGACAGUGCUGGUGGUUUGGACUGGAGCCAGCCCGCAGUCAAGGUGGAGGAAGAUGAGUUGAAGCUUGACUGGGAAGUUGACAAAGAAGAAGAUGAUGACGAUGAUGAUGGUCUAACCAUGAAGAAACCAGAGCUUGAAACCAAAGUAGAUGAAGGAUCAACAAAUGAUGGCCCACAACUGCGAAGAGAGGACUCGCAGGGUGAGUCAGAGGUGGAUGUGAUAGCAGAGCAGCUGAAGUUCCGAGCCUGUUUGAAGAUACUGAUGACGGAGCUGCGUACGCUGGCCACGGGCUUUGAGGUGGAUGGAGGGAAGCUACGCUUUCAGCUCUACAAUUGGCUUGAGAAGGAGAUAGCGGCAAUGCAUACGAUCUGCAACUACAAGGUGGAAGGGAAGGAGGAAGAGUCGGAGGCAGAGCGUUGGCGCGAUCGUACAGCGUCUGUGGACAUAUCAGAUGACGCGUUAGAGGGUACAGAGGCAGGGGCUUACGAGCGCCACCAGAUGGAGCGACGUCGUCUUCAAGCCAAGCAGCAGCAUUCUGAGAGGCGCAAAGCGUGGCUGAGGAAGAACCAAGCCCUCCUCAGGGUCUUUCUAUCCUACUGCAGUCUUCAUGGGGCAAAGGGAGGGGGCGUCACCUCUGUUCGCAUGGAGCUCCUUUUCCUUCUGCAGGAGAGCCAGCAGGAGACCACAGUGAAACAGCUGCAGUCUCCUCUGCCUCUGCCUACCACACUGCCUCUGCUAUCAGCUUGCAUUGCCCCCACCAAGACAGUCAUAGCCAACCCCGUUCUCCAUCUGAGCAACCACAUUCACGACAUCCUCCACACCACCGCGCUGAUGGAGGCCCCCCCACAUCCUGAUACCACGGAGGAGCGGGUUAAUUCUCUGCACACACUUGCAGCUUCUCUGUCUGCUUGCAUAUACCAAGCACUGUGCGACAGUCACAGCUACAGCAACAGUCAAACAGAGGCCAACCAGUUUACAGGGAUGGUGUACCAGGGCCUUUUGCUUAGUGAGAGGAAACGGCUGCGCACAGAAAGCAUCGAAGAACAUGUAACUCCCAACUCUGCUCCGGCACAAUGGCCAGGUGUGUCGUCCCUAAUUUCUCUGUUGACGUCGGCAAGGGAGGAGGACCAGCCGAGGCUCAGUGUGCUCUUGUGUGAAGCUGUUGUGGCUGUUUAUGUUUCACUGCUCAUCCAUGGCUUGGGCACGCACAACAGCAAUGAACUCUUCCGACUGGCGGCACAUCCUCUCAAUAACCGCAUGUGGGCUGCUGUAUUUGGAGGAGGAGCAAAAGUCAUCAUUAGGCCAAAGAGACCUGAGCUCCCGCCAGCACCAGCUGGGCCUAGCAAGGAGUGUUCAGAGGCCAAGGCUGAGCAACCCUCUCAGACUAAAUCUGAGACUAAACCAGCGGCUCCCCCUCAGGCCCCGGCAGAGGAUGUGGACCGCUCCAGACGGAGGUUCAACAUGAGAAUGCUGGUUCCUGGACGCCCUGUAAAGGAGACACCUGCCACCCCACCACCCGUGCCUGUAGAGAGACCCACCUACAGAGAAAAGUUCAUCCCGCCAGAGUUGAGCAUGUGGGACUACUUUGUAGCUAAACCCUUCCUGCCGCUCUCAGACAGCAAUGCUUUGUAUGACUCAGACGAAAGUGGUGCUGAGGAUGAUGAUGACGAUGAUGAUGAUGCCUUCCUCUCUGACACACAGAUAACAGAGCACUCUGAGCCCAACUCCUACAGCUGGGCUUUGAUCCGUCUGGCCAUGGUGAAACUGGCCCAUCAAAAUGUCAAGAACUUCAUCCCUCUCACUGGCCUUGACUUCACAGACUUGCCGGUUACUUCCCCUCUCACCAACGCUGUACUGAAGACUUUGGAGAACUGGGAGCAGCUUUUGCUAGAGCGAAUAAAUAAGUUUGAUGGUCCACCUCCCAAUUACAUCAACACCUACCCCACUGACCUCAGUGCAGGGGCGGGCCCAGCUAUACUGCGACACAAGGCCAUGCUAGAGCCAGACAACACACCCUUCAAGACAAAGAGCCAUCAGUCCUUCCCAGCGCGGCGUCUUUGGCAUUUCCUGGUGAAACAGGAAAUUCUUCAGGAAACUUUUAUCCGUUACAUCUUUACCAAAAAAAGGAAGCAAAGCGAGUCUUUAGAGAACCAUGUGGACCAUAUAAACCCAAACUGCAUAGCUGGAGCUAGCAGGCCCUAUAAGGUGGAGGCUGAUCUUGGUUACCCUGGAGGAAAGGCUAAAAUCAUUCACAAGGAGUCUGAUAUAAUUAUGGCAUUUGCCAUCAAUAAGGCCAACUCCAACGAGAUAGUGCUGGCUUCUACCCAUGACGUGCAGGAGGUGGAUGUGUCCACUCUCGUUGCUGUCCAGCCCUACACCUGGAUAGGCGAGGAAUUUGAUAAAGAAUCCCGCAGCUCUGAUGACAUAGACCAUCGUUCCUCUCACACCAAUAUUGCCCAGACCUCGGCCUCUUUCACAUCACCACCGAUGUCGGUGUCUGCAUCCAUGCCAUGGCUCGGUAGCGGUCAGACCAGCAUGGGAGCGAGUGUGAUUAUGAAGAGGAAUCUAAAUAAUGUGAAGAGGAUGACAUCACAUCCCAUAUAUCAGUAUUACAUGACCGGAGCUCAGGAUGGCAGUGUGAGGAUGUUUGAGUGGAACAGACCUCAGCAGCUCAUCUGCUUCAGACAAGCGGGCAACGCGCGAGUCACCCGGCUCUAUUUCAACUCCCAGGGCAACAAGUGUGGAGUUGCCGAUGGAGAGGGCUUCCUCAGCCUCUGGCAGGUCAACCAAACAUCCUCUAACCCCAAACCAUACCUGAGCUGGCAGUGUCACUCUAAGACCUGUGGUGAUUUUGCCUUCAUCACAUCCUCCAGCCUGAUCGCCACAGCUGGGCAAUCCAACGACAACAGAAAUGUUUGCCUGUGGGAUACUCUGAUUUCACCCAGCAAUACCAUCGUCCAUGCGUUCCCCUGCCAUGAAAACGGGGCUACGGUGCUUCAGUAUGCUGCGAAGCAGCAGCUGCUCAUCACCGGCGGCAGGAAGGGUUUUGUGUGUGUGUUUGAUAUUCGCCAGAGGCAGCUGCUGCACACUUUCCAGGCCCAUGACUCAGCCAUCAAGGCCCUCGCACUGGAUGCUUAUGAGGAUUUCUUUGUCACCGGCUCUGCUGAGGGCAACAUGAAGGUGUGGAAGUUAGCCGGCCACGGGCUCAUGCACUCAUUUAGCACCGAACAUGCCAAGCAGUCCAUCUUCCGCAAUAUUGGUGCAGGAGUCAUGCAAGUGGAGACGUGCCCCGGCAACCGCAUCUUCACCUGCGGAGCUGAUGGAACCUUGAAGAUGAGGGUCCUGCCUGACCGCUACAACAUCCCCAGCAGCUUGGCCGACAUCCUGUAAGGCCACUCCUGAGGGUCCAAAGAGGAAAAGGACAGAAAGAAACAAGAUCUUCUGUAAGACUUUCUAGGUGUCGAUAGCAAAAUUAAUGGGAAAAAGAGUUGGUCAGAAGAUCACCAUGCUUUUGGCAUUUUUGAGUGUGCAAUGUUCAAAGGUUUACUGCUGAUGUAAAUCAUAUCCAGAAUGAAAAAAACAGAGCUGCAAACAAUUUCUUUUCCCCAAAGGCUGAAAACAAAGUGACAAGCAAAAGGUAUUGAUUUUAAAGGUAGAUUUAUUGUAAUUUUAUUGAAGAAUCUCUACUCAUAGAGCGUGUCCCAUAGGAGAGCUAUGCAUGUCCUCAUUAAGCGGUGCAAUCACAGGUCUAUUGAUAGUGCUCUGUCAAAGUGCUGAAGCAAAAAUUUAAAGUGUGUAACUGUCGUCAUUUUGUGCCCACAGCUGAAAUCUCUUAGCAUCUACUGUAACCAGCACUGUGGUUUGUUAUUAAGUCAGUGGUUUCCAGUGUGAAUCAAGUUGUUGGAAUCUGCAUUUUGUUUCAAUGGUUUAGCCCUGCGCCCACCUGCUUUUUUUGCCCGGCUUUCCUCAGCCUUUAUGGAAGAGUUGAUGGUGCAAUGCUCCCAAUAGUGACACCUCCCCUCCCCCGCCCAGGCCCUGUUUCUCUGGCUGCCCCAUCGCUCACUGUGGCCUCUCCUGGUUCUGGUUCGAGUCGGUUUGACCCUCAAAUGUGUGUUCACUUUGCCGUGUCCGCCAUCCGUACGCCCGCCCCCCCACCUGCCCUCAAAUGCCUGUUUGUGCGGCAGACUCACUGCUAGAACAUUCCUGUUGAGAAGAUGACGUGUUUAACUCCUGUGACUGUGAUUUCAAUGUUUUCAUCUGUCUGGUUCAAAGCGAAACAUCCACCCACCCAGAGCAGAAACACAAAGGUCCCCUUCUGGUUUUUGCACAAGAAAAUGUCAAAUUUGUUUGUGGUUUUAAUUAAGUUGAUUUUAUUAUUUAAUUUAUUUAUAUGUUUGUUCGGUUGGUUGAGCAUUUCUUUGUAAAGCUAUUUAACUUAUUGCCUUUUAUUUUAGGAAUGUAAGGGGUUUUACUGUAUCUGACUGGGAGAUGUGCAACAGUCUACUGUACGUACGUGUGAGUUACCUCACUAGUUGUUUUUACUGUUUCAUCCAUAAGGAAUAGAUAUUUGCACUCAAAUCCUGGAGACACUAAAAGUUUAUUUCAAAUAUAUAGGUUAUCAGAGAAGAAACUGUUAUAUACAAAUGAAUGUCUGGCUUUAUUUGGCCUAGUAGUAAAGCGUUUAAAAUAGUUUUAAUAUAUAAAUUAUAUAAAUAUAUAUAUGAACUACCACAACCGCUUGUACAAACAUAAAAGCAUUUCUUUAUUUUUGGUUUGUAUCAUACCAGUUGGAUUAGUUGUAACUUUUGUUAAGUGUAUGUUUGGUAUUUAUUAAAGCGAUUUGUGUUUCUCUCCCUCUUUCUGCCCACUAUGUGUACUGUAAGUGUUUUACCAGUUGUCCUGCUGGUGUCUGGUGUGUACGUGUGUGCAUGCAAAAGAAAUGAAUAUGAUCAGUGGGAGACGCUCACCGGUGUGCUCAAGCUUGACAGUGUGUCAGAGAGCAGGUUGUGGCCAGUUUUAUCUUUGUAAAGGGAAUAAAUUCUUUUUAUUUCAUCCGUUUGA